UACGUCGCCAUAUGUAUAUCUAAGAUUUUUCCUAAUUGUUGUUCCUUGUUAGUUCGGCCACGUGCUUUGAAUUGCAUUGCCUGAUGUCUCCUCUGUUAGAUUGAUUUUAUCUAUUAUUUUGAUUUGGCUUUUCUGGUUCUAAGAGGGAAAUUCGAUUCAUUAUUUCUUGGGGCUUCAAAGGUGAUAGAUUGGAGUGACAGGGGAUAUGGGAAGGUUGUUCUUAGUCAAUCUGGAAGGAAGCAUAUAUAGCUGCAAGUACUGCCGUACGCAUCUUGCUCUUCUUGAUGAUAUCAUUUCCAAGUCUUUCCAUUGCAGGCAUGGGAAGGCUUACCUAUUUAAUGAAGUUGUGAAUGUCACAGUUGGAGAGAAAGAAGAGCGGAUGAUGAUAACAGGAUUGCAUACUGUUGUUGACAUAUUCUGUGUCACAUGUGGGUCCAUUGUUGGAUGGAAAUAUGAGGCUGCACAUGAGAAAAGUGAAAAGUACAAAGAAGGAAAAUUCAUUCUUGAAAGGUUUAAGGUUGUUGGCCCUGAUGGCAGCAGAUACUUGCAAGCUCAAGAAGCUCAUAUUGCUGGAAGUGAUGAUGGUGAUGACGCUUGAUUUUCUCAUCUUAGGAUCAUUCCAUUUCGUAUUUGAAUUGUACAUUCUGUAUGUUAUUAUUCUCUUUCAACUAUACCAUACCAUCAUUUAGAGUAGUUUGCUUUGAAACUGAGGAGCUUCUUCCUGCCAGGAUUCAGAAUGACGGAAGCCGAGAUUAAUCAAAAGAAAUCUAUAAUACAAAAUUCAUAUAAAUUUUGGAGAGG